GUACUUUAAGCCGUUUCAUUACGCUGCCCUGAAUCGUAUCCAACUUAAUUGAACAAAAAAGAAGAAAAGUACAGUUGCUAUCAUGAGUCAAACAAACACAAUGAUCGAAGGAGGUAAUCGUGCCCAACGACGAGCGCAAAUGCGUGAAGAGAAGAAGGCCAUGAAGAAGAUCAUGAAGAAAGCCGCUAGUAUGGGUGUUCCCGUGGAUCAGCUGCAGAAACAGGAACUGAAAACGCCUUCAUCACUCCCACCGCCAGAUCAGCCUACUUUAGUCUCUGCAGGUUAUGAAAGUACGACUCCCAUCGAGGUUCGCGAUGCACCCUCACCUGCUUUGAGUGUCUCCGCGAGCACCGCAACUACAUCUACCGAUGCAACAUCCGAUGAUACGGAGAAUGACCGCGAUGAAAAAGAACAAACCGAAUCCGUCGCUUCGCAACCAAUCAAUACCAAGGUACCCGCGCUGCAAGCCACUCCAGAUCAAGCGGGGUCUGAACCUCGGGAUUUGUCCAUGCCUUCCGAAAAUCAUACCGAAAUCAGCGCGUCCGCACAAGAUCCAGCGUCGAUUCCCAAGGAAACCGAAAAUAAAGAGACUGCCGAGACGGCCGCAACAACUGUUGAAAACGAAACUACCAGUGUUGCACCCGAGUCAAUGGAACCGGUGAACCAGGACGUACCACCCGCCACCACGGAACCGGAACAAUCUAAACCUUCCGGUACAACGACACAGAGUUCUGACACGACUGACCAUGAAACAGGAGCCAAAGUGUCUGUGAUGAAAAAGGAAGUACCGAAGAGAACUAAAUCCAUGUCACUCAAAUCAUUGAAUCUUUUCAAACGAAAGGAAAAGUCAAACGAGGAAAAGGAGAAAACGUCCAAGCGAUGGCAGUUUUGGAAGAAAACUAAGAAUGAAGCAUCUUCAUGAAAACAUCCCUCUAGAUCAUUUUGUACAUUCCUAUGUCUACACUUUAUAAUAAUCCUUCCAUUGACUCUAUAGCAUAAUACAUUACGCUUGAAACGCAAAUACAUUUAUGACGAUCCUUGCCGCUGAUCUCAUUUAGAAAGCAAUAAAAGAUAUGCUGAAACCAC